UACUAUUAAUAUGGACAUUUUCAACAACUUUAGCACCUUUAUUAAUUUUUGCUAUGAUUUAUGGAAUGAAUGCUGGUGGUUUCGUUUCAUUGCUUCCGGUGGUUGCUGCAGACAUAGUAGGCUAUGACCAGAUAACAAAUAGUAUAGGAUAUUUAUAUGCUAUUGAUAUAAUUGGCACAACUUUUGGUACACCAAUUGCAGGUGCUUUGUUGGAUUUAAGUAAAUCCAGAGCAACAAAUCAAGAGGGUGUCGAAAUUUAUUUUUUACCAAUAAUGUAUUCAGGUUCUAUUAUCAUAUUUGGUACUUUCUUUUUAAUGUGGGUUAAAUUAAGGCUUAACAAAAAUCCUUUUGCAAAAUUUUGUCUUCUAUUCUUUAUAAGAAACCCUAAUGCUUUAUCUGUUUUUAGAAUUUCUUGGGCUAAACUUUCAUCAUCACCUUCAUUAAUUGAAACCGCUUGA